UACGGAGCCCGCAGAGGGCCCAAGGUCCAUGAGGGUCUGGACAUCGUGUGCAGCGAUGGCUCCACGGUCUACGCUCCGUUUGACGUGACUCUGAAUGGAAGGCUGACUGUCUACACCGACCCCAACAAGGCGGCCAUCAAUGAGGGCAUCAACCUGAGAGGAGAGGGUCUCUGCUUCAAGCUGUUCUACGUUAGACCAGACAAAACCUCUGGAACAGUCAAGAAGGGGAAGAAGAUCGGAACCAUGCUGCCAAUGCAGAGUGUCUACCCAGGAAUCACCUCCCAUGUCCACGUCCAGAUGUGUGACAAGAGUGACCCCACACCGUACUUCUGAGACCUGAUCUAACUACUGAAGACCUGAUCCACCCACUGAAGGCCUGAUCCUGUGAUUUCUAUAAUUGUUUGAUUAUAAAUCUUACA